UUAUUUGAUGUACAAAUGUCCCCUUGGUUUCUUCUUUACAAAUUCCAUUUUUGAAUUCCCGUCGUACAGAUCAACAACACCAACCUCGCUCUUCCUCUUCUUCGACUCGUUAAUCCACUGAGAGUGGAGUUCGGAGAAAAAGAUAGAGAGUCGUCUCUUUACUCUAUCGGAUUGAUGGAAGUAGAGACACAGUGCGAGAAAUGAAGUUUUACAUAUCUGCUGCGGGGAUUAAGAGAGUCACCAUAUCGAGUCCCGGCGGAGCAAUAGGUAAAGGAGGCGGAGGAUGUGCGGCGGCACGGAGGUUCCCUGGCCGCACGUUGAUACUGUUCCUGCUGAUGCUCGCGAUAAUACUACCUUUUAUAUUCGUCAGGUUCGCGUUUCUCGUCCUCGAAUCCCCCUCCGUUUGCGAUUCUCCCCUUGAUUGCAUGGGACUGAGACUUUUCCGUGGGGGCGACACAUCUCUCAAAAUUAGGGAAGAGUUGACACGAGCGCUAGUGGAAGAGACAAGUCAGGACGGUAAUAGACGAGGAGAGAAGGGCUCAUUGGAGUCAUUUGACGAACUUGUCAAGGAGAUGACGUUAAAACGACGUGAUAUAAAAACGUUUGCUUCCGUGACUAAGAAGAUGCUGUUGCAGAUGGAACGUAAAGUCCAAUCAGCCAAACAUCACGAGUUACUGUACUGGCAUUUAGCCUCCCACGGCGUUCCCAAAUGCCUCCAUUGCCUUUCCCUCAGGUUAACAGAAGAGUACUCUGUAAACGCAAUGGCUCGAACGCGUCUACCUCCACCUGAAUCCGUUUCUCGUCUAACCGACCCAUCUUUUCACCAUGUUGUCAUCUUGACCGACAAUGUUCUAGCUGCCUCCGUCGUCAUAUCUUCCACUGUGCAAAACGCUGUGAAUCCAGACAAGUUUGUCUUCCAUAUAGUUACCGAUAAAAAAACAUAUACCCCUAUGCACGCUUGGUUUGCUAUAAACUCUGCUUUAUCACCGGUUGUUGAAGUAAAAGGUCUUCAUCAGUAUGAUUGGCCUCAAGAAGUUAAUGUCAGAGUUAAAGAGAUGCUGGAGAUUCACCGUAUGAUUUGGAGACGUCAUUAUCAGAAUUUGAAGGACUCUCAUAAUAGUUUCAUCGAGGGUACUCAUGAGCAAUCCUUGCAAGCUUUAAACCCUAGCUGCCUCGCCCUUUUGAAUCAUCUUCGCAUCUACAUUCCCAAGCUUUUUCCAGACCUCGACAAGAUAGUGUUGUUGGAUGAUGAUGUAGUAGUACAGCGUGACCUUUCGUCUUUAUGGGAAACGGAUCUCAACGGUAACGUCGUUGGUGCAGUUGUUGAUUUGUGGUGCGGAAGUAACUGUUGCCUGGGAAGAAAAUACAAAGACUAUUUCAACUUCUCGCAUCCUCUGAUCUCAUCAAACUUGCUCCAAGAUGACUGUGCAUGGCUUUCUGGUAUGAAUGUCUUUGAUCUCAAAGCAUGGAGACAAACCAAUAUCACAGAAGCUUACUCCACAUGGUUAAGACUCAGUGUUAGCUCCGGGCUACAACUAUGGCAACCAGGAGCCUUACCACCAACUCUACUUGCUUUCAAAGGACUCACACAGCCUCUGGACCCAUCAUGGCACGUAGCUGGACUAGGAUCUCGAUCAGUUAAACCCCCUGAAGAGAUUCUGAAAUCUGCUGCGGUUCUACAUUUUAGCGGUCCAGCAAAACCGUGGCUAGAGAUUAGUAACCCUAAGGUAAGAUCUUACUGGUAUAGAUACAUAAAUUCAUCAAACAUCUUCGUUAGAAAAUGUAAAAUCAUGAACUGAUGAAAAGAAGAUAAAAGAAAAAAAUUAGCAAAUCUGUAUGAGAGAACGGAGGGAAGAAGGUUUAGCCUUCAGCCUCUGCUUCAUGGUUCUCUCAUGUCUAUAUACUGAAGAGUAAUCUAGAUUUUAUGAAUAUGUAGCUUGUUUUUUCAUUAUUAUCCCAAGUAGUAUACUAAAAUAAUGUAUUAUUGUUUAAUUAUAGCUACAUAUCAUAAUAUUCAUGACAUAAUAAAUGCUUGUAAGUUUUAUU